GCCAGCUGUAACGUUAGCAACCACGCUGAGCGACAGGAACGGUUAAUGUGAAGGAUCGUCCUCUGAAUUAUGUGUCUACACACACACUAAAUCUACAUUUUAACCACCGGACACGGCGGAAUCUACCCGAGGAGAAUAGACUCGCUUGCUACCGAGCAGAGGUGAGGGAUGCCGACGGCGUCCAGCUCUGACUGCCCCCACCUGGACUGCGUGGGGGAGAUCACCAAGGAAGAACUCAUCCAGAAAUCCCAUGGCCAGUGCCAAGACUGUAAAGUCGGAGGACCAAAUUUGUGGGCGUGCUUGGAGAAUGGCUGUGCGUACGUGGGCUGCGGAGAAUCUCACGCUGACCACAGCACCGUCCACUCACAGGAGACGAGGCACAACCUGACGGUGAACCUGACCACGCUUCGGGUGUGGUGCUACGCCUGUGGCAAGGAGGUCUUCCUGGAGCGCAAGCUGGGCCCCCACUCUCCCCACGCUAACAUCAAACCCCUCCCCUCGCCGCCUCCAGCCGGCCAGCAGGAUAACAGCAGGGCCCCUGGGAGCCCGACCUCUCUGAGAGUGCCCUCUAAUGGAGGCUGCGAAGACCUGGACAUGGAGACCGAGGAGGAGGACGACCUGCGUGCCAGAGGUCUGACGGGUCUGAAGAACAUAGGCAACACCUGCUACAUGAACGCCGCCCUCCAGGCCCUGUCCAACUGCCCGCCCUUGACACAGUUCUUCCUUGAGUGCGGGGGCCUGGUGAGGACGGACAAGAAGCCCGCCCUCUGCAAAAGCUACCAGAAGCUGGUGUCCGACCUGUGGCACAAGAACAGACCCUCCUAUGUGGUUCCAACCAACUUGUUCCAGGGGAUCAAAGCCAUAAACCCCAUGUUUAGAGGAUAUUCUCAGCAGGACUCCCAGGAGUUCCUGCGCUGCUUGAUGGAUCAGCUUCACGAGGAGCUGAAGGAGCCCCUGCCCGAGCCCUACGACCAGUCCAACGGCAUCACAGUGGACGACGCCCCCGAAGAGGACAACCACAGCCAGUCAGACAACGACUUCCAGUCAUGUGAGUCCUGUGGCAGCAGCGAGAGGGCUGAUAAUGAAGUGCAGGGUGGGAAUGUGCUGAUGGACGACACCAACGAGGCAGAGAUGCUGAUCCCUGAACAGGAUGAGAUCCAGGCCAACAGGGAGUGGCAGAAGGAGAAGAACAUGAUAAAUGACCUUUACCGCUCCGGGGUUAAUGGUGUUAUGGGUGGGAGCACUGUAGCGGACGUCGACAAAGAUGUUGACACCACCACUGAGGUCACGCCCAUUAUCAGCAGCCAGGGAGCCAUCAAGGUUCAAGGAAGAACAUCAGAUUGCUUUCCAGAUAUUCAAAUGUCAAACAACACAAGACCACAGAGUCCAGUCCCCAUGGAGACACACAUUCCGAAAAUGUCCAGCAGCCCUCCCAAAGCUGCCUCUGGCUGGCCCAGCCUUAACCCCGCACACAAGAAAGCCGUCACCACGUUCUCUCCACCAAAGAACAAGCGCCAGAAGAAAUAUCGCAGCGUCAUCUCAGAUGUGUUUGAUGGGACCAUUGUCAGCUCAGUUCAGUGCCUCACCUGCGAUCGGGUGUCUGUGACCCUGGAGAACUUCCAGGACAUCUCGUUGCCCAUCCCGGGGAAGGAAGACCUGGCCAAGCUCCACUCGUCCACCCACCAGACCUCCCUGGUAAAAGCUGGCUCUUGUGGGGAAGCUUAUGCACCACAAGGGUGGAUCGCAUUUGUCAUGGAGUACAUCAAGAGCUGGUUCUGGGGUCCGGUGGUUACGCUACAGGACUGUCUCGCAGCGUUCUUUGCCAGAGAUGAACUAAAGGGAGACAACAUGUACAGCUGUGAAAAAUGCAAGAAAUUACGAAACGGAGUCAAAUUUUGUAAAAUGCAAAGUUUGCCAGAGAUCCUGUGUAUUCACUUGAAGCGCUUCAGACACGAGCUGAUGUUCUCCACCAAGAUCAGCACCCACGUCUCCUUCCCGCUCGACGGCCUGGACCUGCAGCCUUUCCUGGCCAAAGACAGCUCCGCCCAGACCACCAACUACGACCUGCUGUCAGUCAUCUGUCACCACGGCACUGCCAGCAGCGGCCACUACAUAGCCUACUGCAGGAAUGAUGCGAACAAUCUGUGGUACGAGUUCGAUGACCAGAGCGUGACGGAGGUGUCUGAAGCCUGUGUCCAGAACGCCGAAGCUUAUGUGCUCUUUUACAAAAAGAGCAGCGAGGAUGCGCUGAAGGAACGCAGGAGGGUGUCGGGCUUAUUCAACAUGAUGGAGCCCAGCCUCCUCCAGUUCUACAUCUCUCGCCAGUGGCUCAACAAGUUCAAGACCUUCGCCGAGCCCGGGCCCAUCUCCAACGACGACUUCCUGUGUUUGCAUGGAGGCGUGCCGCCCAACAAAGCCUCGUUCAUCGACGACCUGGUCGUGAUGCUGCCGCAGAACGUGUGGGAUCACCUCUACAGCAGGUACGGAGGGGGGCCAGCUGUCAACCACCUGUACGUCUGCCACACGUGCCAGAUCGAGAUCGAGAAACUGGAGAAGCGGCGCAAGUCCGAGCUGGACAUGUUUGUCAGGCUGAACAAGGCGUUCCAGGAGGAGGAGUCUCCAGUGGUCAUAUACUGCAUCAGCAUGCAGUGGUUUCGUGAGUGGGAGGGCUUUGUCAAAGGAAAAGACAACGAUCCGCCGGGACCCAUCGAUAAUUCCAAGAUAACAGUAAACAAGAGCGGGCAUUUAACACUCAAACAAGGAGCGGACUCUGGGCAGAUCUCCGAGGAAACGUGGAACUUCCUCCACUCCAUCUACGGCGGCGGUCCGCUGGUGACGGUCCGACCGAACGUCAGCCACCAGGAAGCAGAGUCGUCGCAGUCGGAGGAGAAGAUCGAGGUGGAGACGCGCUCCGUUUAAUCAAACACUUGACAGUAAACACCGAGGAAGGAUGAAAAAAAAACAACAACAACAACAACAACAAAAAAAACAUUUAAGAAACGAAAAGCCUUUUAUUUUGCACUUGACUUUUAUUUCGAAAGCAUCCAAGCAAAGGACCUCACUUUUACUGCUACGUGACAGCCUUCGACGGAGGGAAUUAACAUGUCUGGAAAGGAUGGUCGCGUUGUACAAAUCUGUAUAAAGAGCUCUUAAAUUUCUAUUAGCACUGUAGUAUUCAUGUGUCGGGUGGUUUUCUGAACCAAGCAUUUAAAUUAAGUGCAGCUAAAAAAUUCCACUGUAUGCCAUAAUUCUUUUUUUUUUCUUUUUUUUUCUCUCGACCAAAUGAGCACAUAUUGUAUGUCCACAUGUGUGUGUGUUGCUGAUAUUGAUGAAUCACAAUACAUCUUGCUGUAGAUACAUGACUCAUUUUUCCUGUUGUAAGAGAACAAGAGCUGUCCAAUGAGGAGAGCAGAAAAUCGUGACACUUAAAAGUGAUGAAAAUCAAAAGGUUAUGAAGGGACUAAUAGCUGAGUAGUCUCAGGAAUGAUUUUUGUGUUUUUGCACUGUUCUGUAGACGUACAAAUUGGCAUGCUUCACGCAAAUGUCUGGUUUGUAUUUUGAAUGUAUCCGUAUACCUAUAGUAUGUUGGUCAACAUCCAGCACUUGGGUUAUUUAUCGCAGAAGGGAGUGAUUUAAUAUGAUGUCAGUAGAUUUUGUCUUUGUAGAAAACACGUGGCGGGCGGACACUGUUAAGAACGCAUGCUCUAACGCUUCAGUCGCAUUUUAACAUCUCGUGUAAACUGCAUGUAAAUGCAAGAGCUGCUCAUAAAAAUGUGCACGCAAAUCCGGAUCUAUCUUCACUAAACUGUACAGCCGCAGGAAGCAUAACGUAGGCCGCAAUCACCUUUAUCAUCAUCAGCAGCAGUUGAAUUAAUCAAAGGCAUUAUUUUUGUGUAUGGGCAUGGUAUUGCUUAACGUGUUGGCUGAUAGGGAGGUCAACAGAAAUGCUGUACUCUCCAAAAUUUUUUUUAUUUUUUUUUUGCAUAUGAGUAAGAUCUAUCCUGAUUUUUUUUUGGCUGGCUGACACUAUUAAAACCUGAUGAAAACA